AUGUUCCUCAACACAUUCAUGCUUCAUGUCAUUGUGCUAGUGAUAAUCUUCGUGCCGUCGAUAAGGCCGCGGCUCCUCCACGCGCGGUCGCGGUCGAUCGCCAUCGAGACGGCGGUGGUGGUAUCGCGGCGUACCGACGUCGGCGACUGGUGGCUGCUCUAUAUGCUCGCUAGGAACAUGGACCCCCUCAUUUAUAGACUGGAGAGAGGAGUCCGUCAGGGUGACACCAUAUCGCCCAAGUUGUUCAACGCUGCCCUUGAAAAUAUCUUUAAAGAGUUAGAUUGGACAAGCAAGGGAAUAAUAAUUGAUGGAGAAAGGCUAAACAACCUGCGAUUUGCCGACGAUAUCGCACUGAUCAGUGAUAGCAUUGAAGAUAUGAUUGAUAUGCGUUUACCCGCAGCGUCUGCACGCGCGGUCGCACGCUUGCACCAGACAGCGGUGGUGGUAUCGCGGCGCACCGACGUCGGCGACUGGUGGCUGCUCUAUAUGCUUGCUAGGAACAUGGACCCCCUCAUUUACAGGGAGCUAAUAUCAGAGCUAGCCAAACGCCUCGGCGAGAAGCCCUUGCCCCGCGCGUGACGGCCGCCCAAGCCGCCGCCCACCGUAGCUAUCGUGGGCGCCUGACGUCACACGCACAGCCACGGCUUUACGUAAGUCGCAGUAUUUCUACAGACGUUGCAGACGCGUGUCAUAUACGAGUACGCGAAACUGUUGAAUCUUUCAUCUCGAAUCUGUCAUCGACGCUAUUAUACGACCACAGCUUUAUGUGACUUAGUACCCUCAGUUUUUAUAUUCGAAUUGUACGCGUCGUUAGUAUAAUUGUAAAUGCUGACUGUCAUUUGUUUAUGUUUGAGCCAUGUAUUCAUUAGGCAACAUUUGUUGAUAAACUGUUUAUGACUAGUGUGAAACAAGUUUACCAUAAACACAGGUUUCUGAAACUUGGCCGUCCACACUCCACUCAUAGCGAGGAGCACGACAACAUGUAUCAUAAACAAUGUUUCAUCACCUAUGUUUAUGGACUGUUUAUAAACUGUUUACAGGGAUGAUGAAAC